CCCGUUUUGCCGACGGUAACUUACCAUGCCGGUCCCGGCAUACCGCCAAGUGAAGAAGUCCCCUCCGCUUACCGUUUUACUCGGUUACCGCAGUUACCGGUACGGUAACCGGUUAAACCGGCAACCGAGAACCCGUUUGGCAGCCCUACCCACACUCCACUUCCACUCCCGCCCGAAACCCGAACCAAUUCCCAAAUCCAGAAAUCCUCCCACCUCUUUCUCUUCGGCCUUCGCUUCUACCAAAAACCCUAGGCAAGAAGUAGCAGCCGUUAUCGGAAAGGGAAGAAGAACAGCGGUCAGCCGAGCCCGAUCGGCGAUCUCUCCCAGACACCGGCCACCGAGACUCGUCGCUCUCCGAUGGCGACGGCCCGACCUGCGACAGCCGUCGGCAGCAGUUCCCAAUCUCGAAUCAGCGAUCGAGCGGAAGGCCAAGCGAUGGAAGAACCACCUUCACCCAAAAAACAAAAGACUCAAGGCCGACCUGAUCAGCGCGAUGUGGUAGAGCCCGCGCCGUUUCCGUUGCCGUCGGCGCUUAUAAAUCCGGCGCCAGAAGAGAAGCUAGCAGUCGAUGCUAUAGAGGAGGAGGACGAAGAGUCGCCUGGCAAAUAUUCUGAUGAAUUGGCGGCAUUUUCCUGGACCAAGAGGGACCCGGAAAAACCAUUGUGGUUGGUUAACUCUGAUGAUGAGACUGAAGAAGAACGGGAAAUCACGAGAAGAGAAACCACCAUGCUUGCCAAGGAAGCAUUGGACUCUUUCAACCAGAAGAAUAAGGGUGUCAAGUUUCUGUUCGAUGAGCCCAGGCGUAGCAGGAACACGCUCUUUCACCUUGCAAUUGUCGCCCACUUCAACUUCACUGCCAGGGAGGAGAACAACCCUUCUUCCUCCCCCCACCGGUUUUUCGCAGAGACUGUAAGAUACUAUCGUGGACCUUUGAACGUUCUGAAUUGUGUCGACUUGGAGAGUUUUGCACCUGAUCAACUCCACAAAGCCUGCAUCUAUUGUCCGGAGGAAAUCGAGCACCCUCCCGAGGAAAAUUUCGAGUACGGCAAGAAUACGAUCGAUGAUUGGAAAAAGUUCGAGUACGAAACUGCAGAGGACGAGGUGAUGACCCCCGAUUCACCAGACUUGGGUGAAAAAUGAAGCUGGAUUCGGCAGCUAGCAACAUAAGAUACUAAGCUGCCGAUCUAACGUUAUUUAACUUAUUUUGCACUCCAUAGCUCGUAUUAGGAGUUUAAAACUUUUAUCUCGUUUUGGUAUGUUAUCUAUGAUUUGUUGCUAUUAGUAGCACCAUCUAUUCGGUUUAGGUGAGCGUGCUUGAUGUUGAUGAUCUGCACUCAGUACUCUUUUCUAGUAUAUAUAUCUGCCAUCGGUCAUGUAAAUUGGUUAUGACCAUGUCGACUUAUUGCUCAGUAUUCUGAUUCUCAAUUGUAUGCUUAUGAGUUUGAUGACAAAUUGUCAAAUUCCCUCCCCCGACCUUGCACCAGAAUAAAGGAUGCUGCUGCUCCUUUUCACACAAGAAAGGAUUGAAGCACGUUGCUGGGCAGGAAUGAGCCUGUUCAGUAUUCGUGCUUUAUAGGCUACACAGGAUUGUCUAGUAUUUGAUUCUCCAAACUUAAAAAGACUAUAUGUUCUUCAUUUUACUGUCUAAAGUUAUUAUGUACUCUCUAGCUAGUCAGAAUCAGCAGUCUGCCUUGCUCUGUGCAAGAGUUCUGACUGAUUCUAGUCCACAUACUAAACUUUGAAAUCCCACACAUCACCAAGUCAUUCUUAGAUAGGUUGGUGAUGGAAAAUAAAGAAUAACUAGCUAAUUGCCCGGCCCUUGGCCGGUCGUAGUCUCGGAAAUUGACUCUUUGAUUGUAACUGAUGUUACUCGUUAACAUGUAUGUGGCGAUGGCUGGAGGUAGGUCAACAAUACCACAAUAAUAUGAUGGAAAGUCAUUAUCCCAUUGCAUUACAAAAGAAACAAUAAAACAUAAACACUAUAAUGGACAAUCCAAACCAAGCCAUUAGCCUUGAAUAUAGCCAGUAUUGCCAUGCACCAUGAUGCCCCUAGAGUAAACAUGAACAAAUCAAAGGAAUGUUUACCUGAAUCCAAUUGUCGAUGGUAAAAAUGGAAUUCACCAAGAGAUUUCAUAAGAAAAUCCAAUAUAGAUUGCCCUUAGACCAAAAAGCACAAUGAUACAAAAGGCGAUGAAUCUCUGGCUGAGAAAACAAAAACCAGCAACGUCCAAAUCAACUCGAUGGAAUGCGUCGGUCAGUUUUUUCUGAUAAAUAGUUUUGUUAAUUAAAAUGACAGGAAAAAUAGAAAUACAAAGCAUGCAAUCUGCUUUAGAAAUCUCAUAUACAAACAAAAGAAACAGGCAAGCAAUAUAUGCCUGGAAGCACCAACCGAUAAUAACUACUGUUAAUAUACCUACCACCGUGAAAUCCUACCAAAUUACAGCUCUGUACUUUCUUUCUCUUCAAUCUGUAUAAACCAAUCGUCCCCAUUAUUACGAUUCUUAUCCUUCUCGACAGCAAACACACUGAUUGGUCCACUCUUACUCCUUUUUUGUGGAAGCUACAUGACAUUUUGCAUCAUUGCACAUUAAUUCAAACAACCAUUCCUUGCUGCAAUUUAUGGGUUGGGGUAAUAUCACUUCAGUCAUAAUACAGAUUAACAUGAAAUGAAAGAAAUGACCAUUAUAAUAGCCUUGUAAAAUUCAGAGUACCAAUGGCGAUUCCUCUCUUCUCCUCAGUGGCUUCGGCAAUAAAAUGAGAUUGAUGACUAUCUCUACCAACGUAUUUAAUAUGAUCAUUGUAUGACCUUUUGUAUAAUCCAUUUCUGUCUUACCCAUUUUCGCAUCACAACUCCAAAAGCUAACUUGUUGGGGUUCUCUUCUAGGUAAACAACUUGUAUCAACAUCGUGCAUGAAAACAAAAAUUGCUUUGGUUGAGAUACUAUCAGGAUCUUAUGAUGCGGUGAAGAAGGCUAUAUUGUUUCCCAGGCAUUGUCAACCCCCAAUCAAUUUGAUGUGGGUCA